CCAGGGACGGGGGAGCCUGGUGGGCUGCCGUCUAUGGGGUCACACAGAGUCGGACACGACUGAAGUGACUUAGCAUAGCAUAGCAUAGCUAUAUUAUUUCCUAUGUCGCUUGCUUCAGAAGAUUGUUUCUUAGGUUACUAAAUGUGUGACUGAGCCUGUGAUAAAAUGUUGAUAUGUAGCUCCAUAUGCUAUCAAUGAUUGUAAUAAUGUAACUCUAGAUAUGGGAAGAAGCAACAAGAGGGAAUAUUUUCCGGGACCUAGAAGCUGUAAGACAGGUAUGGUCCAGAGCCUUUUGCUACUCACAAGGCCUGCUCUAGAAGCAGCACAUUGAGUGGCCUAUCAAUGGAACUUUCCCUAGACCUGGGAAUGAGUCUUGCCAGUGCCGUAGGACACAAUGGACAAGAAAUGCCCCCAAAGCAUGGUUAAAUAUGUGGCUAUGAAGAGACCCUGCUGACUGGACUCUGCCAGCUGUCUCUACAAAGAUGACAUCAUGACCACUGCAAGCUCCUGACUUUCUACACCCCCUGAAAGGAGUUCAGAGUAGAGAUCAGAAACAAGGAACCCUGUGCUCUGGGAAAAACCUAGAACUGCCUCCAAAGGGACGGCUGACGUUCCAGGAUGUGGCCAUAGACUUGACUCAAGAGGAGUGGGAAUGCCUGGACCUCGGUCAGCGGGAAUUGUACAGGGACGUGAUGUUAGAGAAGUACGGGAACCUGGCCUCCUUGGGGCUUGUGUCUACGCUGGACCUGGUCUUCUUUCUGGAGCAAUUGAAGGAUCUCUGGAAUAUGAGGAGAAUGGAGACAACAGCCAUUUACCCACCUAUGUCUCCACAAGACACCCAGGAUUUGAUGCCAAGGAAUGCAGCGUUAGAAGAUGUAUUCCCAAAAGCAAACCUAGGAAUAUAUCAAAUAUUUCACCUCAUAAACUUAAAUUUAAUGAAAGACUGGAAAUAUACAAGGGUAUAUGAAAGACAGAGAGGAUGUUUAUAUGGACAUAAAGAAAUGGAGACAGUUACACAUAAUGCUAACAAUACUGCCAAAAGCAAUGAGCAACGUGAGUCAAACUGGGAAAAACACCAACUUCAGUCUUCAACAUCUAACGAGAAGUGUAAGUGUUUAAGAAAAGAUUUCCAUCCUUUUUUGAAACGUACAUAUUCUCUAAAAGGACACGUGGAAAAUAUGGAAGGUAAUUUAGUCUCUAUUGCAAAUACUCAUUCAGACAAUUGUGAACGUAGGCUUCGACUAAACAUACAUUCAAGGAUGUCUGAACACCUACAAUUUAACAAUGAGUGGGAAAAUUCACUAUCUAAUCAAUUUGAGAGGUCCAAGAGAAGAGAGUCAUUUUUCUUCCCCCAACGGAUAUUUUCUCUCCAUUCCAAGAUGUAUAAUGUUGAUAAUAAUGGAGGAGACAUAAUCCAGCCAUCAUUGUUCAAUAAAUAUUGUGAUAUGGUUAAUACACAACAACCUUCUUUAUGUAAUAAAAUGAGUCAGACCUUAAGUAACAGCUCCAGCUCCAAUAAUUACAAGAGUAUUUAUGGUGGACUGAGAAGGUAUUCAGGCAAUGAAAAUGGGUAUAGGGUUGAAGGAGACUCAAACCUUAUGAAACAUCAGGGUUCUGAAUCAUCAAACAAGGAUUCUAAAAGUAAUGAAUGUACAAAUACCUUUGAUCAAAUGUCAGGUUUUUCUCUAGAUAAGAGUACUUGUACUGAAGAGAGAACUUGUACUGAAUAUGGGAAGGUUUCUAAUCGGUCUUCAGAAUUUAUUCAACAGCAGACUGUUCAGAAUCCACAGAAAGAAAACAAGUGUAAGAUAUGUGGGAAAAUAUUUAGUAACUCAUGCCAUCUACGUAGACAUAAGAAAAUUCAUACAGGAAGGAAACCUUUCAAAUGUACAGAAUGUACCAAAGCAUUUAACCAUAGCUCACUUCUUACUAAACAUCAGAGAAUUCACGCUGGAGAGAAACCUUAUAAAUGUACAGAAUGUGGCAAAGCCUUUAACCACAACUCAAACCUCAUUCAACAUUGGCGAAUUCAUAUGGGAGAGAAGCCUUACAAAUGUACAGAAUGUAGCAAAGCCUUUAUCUGUUCCUCACAUCUAAUCUAUCAUCAGCAAAUUCAUACUGGAGAGAGACCUUAUAAAUGUACAGAAUGUAGCAAAGCCUUUAUCUGUUACUCACAGCUAAGCUAUCAUCAGCGAAUUCAUACUGGAGAGAAGCCUUAUAAAUGUAAAGAAUGUAAAAAAGCCUUUAUUCAGUGCUCACAUCUUACUCAACACCAACGAAUUCAUACUGGAGAGAGACCUUAUAAAUGUACAGAAUGUGACAAAGCCUUUAGUCAUAGUAGUAAUCUCACUAAACAUCUGAGAACACACACUUGAGAGAAACCCUAGUAAUGGAACAAGUGAUGGAAGAGUUUGGUCCAAACAUGCAUCAGAAAACACAACAGUUCAUAUAAGAAACCAAUGUAAAAUAUUUUCCCACAUAUCUUACACUUGUUUUCUUUCUGUGGAUUCUGAACAGUCUGCUGUUGAAUAAAUUCUGAAGACUGAUUAGAAACCUUCCCAAUGUAUAUUCCCAAAAGCAAACCUAGGAAUAUAUCAAAUAUUUCACCUCAUAAACUUAAAUUUAAUGAAAGAAUGGGAAUAUACAAGGGUAUAUGAAAGACAGAGGAGCAACGUGACAAAUAUAUAGAAAGGUAUUUAAUCAAAAGUUAAAUCGAAGUAAAUAUGCGUGCUGCUGCUGCUAAGUCACUUCAGUCGUGUUUGACUCUGUGCGACCCCAUAGACGGCGGCCCACCAGGCUCCCCCGUCCCUGGGAUUCUCCAGGCAGGAACACUGGAGUGGGUUACCAUUU